CCCCCUCCCGCUCCGCUUGCCGUGUUCGGUUCUGAUGAGUGUGGUGGCUGCGUUGCUUGUCGCGAUUUUUUCGCGUUACGGCUUCUCAUGAUUUUGCGGGCUGGGUUGGGGGUUUGCUCAAAUUGUGUGGUCUGGCCCGUUUUGGUUGGGGCGCUUAAAGCCUGAAACCUCAUCCUAUCCGGACUUGUCGGUUUCGUGUCGCCCGCAGCAAUUGCUGGUUGAGUUUGCGCCUGCGUCAUUGCUCAGUUUUGUUUUGGACCUGUUGACUGUUAGGGAAUUUAGAUGGAAUUGUCGAGCAAUGCAUGCUCGAAUUCGUUACGCUUGCGGCUUGUGGUUUGGUUCGGCAAGUUUUGGCUUGAUACGGUAGUAGAAUGCAGGGAUUAUGCAGAGAAAUGUCUCACCCGUAUAUGUCUGCUAGGAGAAACACAAAUGUGCAUUUGGGGGCACAUUUCUCGGUUGUAGUUUUUGCUCGGAUCAUGUUGCCAUUACAUGGUGAUUGGCUUGUCUCACAUAGAGUUUGGAUUGAAACCUCUAUGCUGGGUUCUGUUUGUUCAGGAACCUAUCCGAAAGGGUGCUGUUGGCCACACCCUUAUGGUGGAGGAGCUUGGUCGCCGGAGGGUUAAUCAUGGGGAUGUUUAUGUCCUAAGGUUGUGCAAUCGGUUGGAUCAAACAAAGAAAGGAGAGAUAGCAUGUGCUACUCCUGGUGAAGCCCGGAAAUGGAUUGAAGCAUUUGAACAAGCCAAACAACAGGCAGACAAUGACUUGAUGAGGGGUGUUAGCUGGAACAGAUUGCAGAAUGAAAAUGAGAUUAAUCUUGAUGGUCAUCGGCCUCGGGUUAGGAGAUAUGCACAAGGCUUGGGAAAACUUGUAAGAAUUGGUAAAGGGCCUGAAAUGCUCCUCCGUCAAUCUUCAGAUCUUCGGAACCAGGAAAGGGUUAAUACAAACUUUGGAGGUGAUACUGGAGAUGCAUUUGAAGCACAUGAAUGGAGAUAUGUUCGAACAUUUAAUGGUAUCAGAAUUUUUGAAGAUAUUGCAAACCCAAAGGGUGGAAAGGGAAUACUUCUGAAGUCUGUUGGGGUGGUUGGUGCAAACCCUGAUACUGUGUUUGAAGUGGUUCUCAAUCUUGAUAAGCAUAAGAGAUACGAGUGGGAUAUGUUGACAGCUGAUUUGGAGUUGGUGGAAACAAUUGAUGGAUACUGCGAUGUGGUUUAUGGGACCUAUGAGCCAAAAUAUCUAAAUUGGUGGAAAGAAAAGAAGGAUUUUGUUUUCUCAAGGCAAUGGUUUCGCGGACAAGACGGAGCAUAUACCAUUUUGCAGAGUCCCAUUGGUCACAACAAAAGACCUCCAAAGCAUGGUUGCAAACGUACAAAAAUCAACCCAUCAACAUGGGAGAUAAGGAGGUUGAACACAUCAGGAUCAAGUCCAAAGUGUGUUGUUACUCUUAUGUUAGAGAUUUCUCCGAGUUUUUGGGGCAGAUGGAAGAGAAGGCACUCCUCAAAUUUUGACAAAAGUAUCCCUUUUGCUUUGCUCAGCCAAGUAGCAGGUCUAAGAGAGUACUUUGCAGCCAAUCCAGCCUUGACAUCUGAUUUGCCUUCAACAGUAGUGAAGUCAAAAGCAUCUGAACCUUUGAUCAUCCAGAGUGAACUUGAAGAUUCUGAACCUGGCGACGAAUUUUAUGAUGCACUUGCUAGAGGUGAAUCCUUUGAAGAUGAAGAUAGCGAUGAUGAUGAUGAUGAUGAUGAUGAUGAUGAUGCCACAACUCCAAAGGCUGGAAAAGUGAAACUGAAGAAUGUGUCAUGGGCUAUUGCUGGUUUAGCUUUAAAGAAAACUAAAGCUUUGGUUGAGACCAGUGAAUUGGUUACGGAUUCUAGUCCAGUAACUGUUGACCCCAGCCACUUCCAUGGCACCCUUCGUAGAGCGAAAAGUGAAAAUGACCCUAAUUCUUGGAGUGCACCUGGUGGUGGGAAGUUUAUGAUCAGAGGGAAGACUUACUUGACAGAUUACACCAAGGUGGUUGGUGGGGAUCCGCUUCUAAAGCUCAUUGCAGUCGAUUGGUUCAAGGUUGAUGAGCGCUUUGAUUCGGUUGCUUUGCAUCCCAAAAGCCUUGUGCAGUCAGAAGCUGCAAAGAAGAUUCCUUUCAUAUUGGUUAUAAAUUUGCAGGUUCCAGCGAAACCAAAUUAUAACUUGGUCAUGUACUACGCAGCAGAGAGACCAGUGAACAAAGAUUCUUUGUUGGGUAGGUUCAUUGAUGGAACUGAUGCGUUCCGAGAUGCCAGAUUUAAACUUAUUCCAAGCAUUGUUGAGGGCUAUUGGAUGGUGAAGCGUGCAGUUGGAACGAAAGCUUGCCUUUUGGGCAAAGCAGUAACGUGCAAUUAUCUUCGCCAGGAUAACUUUCUGGAGAUAGAUGUCGACAUUGGUUCAUCUUCUGUUGCACGGAGUAUUAUUGGUCUAGUAUUGGGAUAUGUCACAAGCAUUGUUGUUGAUCUUGCUAUUCUUAUUGAGGCAAAGGAAGAGAAAGAGCUGCCUGAGUACAUUCUGGGCACUGUCCGUCUGAACCGCGUGAAUCCCGACAGUGCUGUAUCAAUCUGACUAAGUUAAUUCCAUCUCUUCUCGCAAUUUCCCUCUUCACCCACAGAAGAGGUAUAUAGUUUUUGGCAGGACUGUUCAUUUUCUCUCUCUCUCUUAUCCCUCACCUAAGAGAGGUAGGAUAGCAUUUUUAAAUGUGCUGAUCCCUGAUCGAGGGUUGGCAUAUGUACAGAGUACAGUAAAAGGUAUGAAUACAUGACGCCAUUCGUAAAUAGAAGAAAUGAAAGGUUAUGUUAUAGGAA